AUGGCACUUUCCGAUGCGAAUAAAUCGGAAAUACACUUACCAGAUUUGCCUUCAUAUAAAAAAUAUACAGAGCUGGAUAAUGUUGUCAUUAAUAAGUAUAGUAAUAAAUACUGUAUAAAAAGUUUAGGAAGUACAGAUGAAGUGGACAAAAAAUUUUGUAAUAAAAUAGCAAAGAAUUUAUCAACAUUAAAGAAUGAAAAUGAUAAGAGAAAACUUAUAUAUGACUGUUAUUACUUUAAUCACUGGUUAUACGAUAACAUUGGGAAAAAAUAUUAUAAAGGAAAGGCUAAAGGUAAAAAAGUCCAUGUUUCUGAAAAUCUUCUUAAUUUUGUGUCAGCAGCUAAUUCAGAGCGUAUAUUGAUACCAUCAGGUAACGGCAAUAUUUAUGGCAAUCGGAAGGAUGGAAACAAGAUAAAGACUUGCACGAUCAUUUUGAAAAUUACGAAGAUAUUAAAUGCAACGAUUCUAAUAAGUCUAAGUGCGAAAAAUGUGUGA